UCGAUUUGGCGAGAAUUAACUUCUGCAGUGCCCGGCUGCGCGCGCCAACUGCGUUCAAAUCGUCGAACAUACCGGAGCCCUUUGGCGCUUACUCACCGCAUCGUCGUCGAAAACAUCGAUAGUGCUCUUGCGAUCCCAAACACACGUGAUUGCUGCCAUGUCCAUCUCUCAUUGGCGGCGCCCGCCGUUCGAUUGUGAAUUGUUUUGUGUUUGGACGGAAACGUUUUGUCGAAUGUAUAUGUUCGACGAGCUUGUGCCGGAGUAGCUCUUCAAAUUCAACUUUGCCUUGGUGACAAAGUCGGUUUUGUUUUGCAAGCACAACAACAACAAGUUCAGCAAAAAUGGCCAACCCGAAGCGGGCGAAAAAAGCUGGGGAUGUCGCGGGUGAUGGUAAAGCCCAAUCGACCCCAUUGGAAACCGAAAACGACGAGGAGCUGUCAUCAGGAGAGGUAAUGGACGACGAUGAUGAAGAUGAUAGUAGCCAUGGUAACUCCGAAGACGCCGAUGACACUUCUGAGAGCACCGAUUUGAUUAAUACCGUGGUUAACAUCGAUUUCGAAGCGUUUCCUCCCGUCGAUUCGGACUUUCACGGCAUCAAGAAGCUCUUGCAGCAGGUGUUUCGCAAUGCCCACGUCAACGUGUCAGAUUUAGCGCACCACCUCAUCGAGCUGAAUAAACUAUCCGUGAUCCUUCGACAAGCUGAUCAGGAUAUGAACGAUGAUGAUAGUGAUGAUGAUGAUGAUGAUGACGGGGACGUAUAUGGAAUUUCGGGGGUGAUUCCGCUUGGAAGCGAUCGAGAAGGUGCAAAGAGUGUUCAAAACUAUCUUCUUGAGAAAGCCACUGGUGGAAAGGAUGAGUCGAUCCGAUCGAAGCUUGAAACGGCGCUAUCGACCGGCAGCGUAGCGUUAUUUGUAUCAGAGCGUUUCGUGAAUAUUCCACCAAGGGUAGCGUUGCCCCUCUUGGAAAGUAUACAUGGAGACUGGAAAGAGGCCAAAAAGGUGAUACCAUCGCUGUCAAAGGUUCAACACGUCGUUAUGAUCUGUAAACAGUACGCGGGUGCUAACGAGGUAAUUUUCGCAAACGGCGAAGAGGAGCUGUUUGUUGAUCUUGCUGAACUCCAAUUCGACUAUGAGGUCCCACGACAGGAUGCCGAUACGGCGCUUGCUGGCAAAUGGAAGAAAAGCGAUGAAGAACUAAAACAGAUUCGCAAGGUACUUCUGCUAGACAUGAAAAAAUUCCCUCAAAUGAUUCGGCUGAUUAAGGAGAACGUAUGAAAGGGGAGCACGUUUUCCAGCUGGAUAAACUGUAAUUUCCCAAACGGCGAAAAUUUGCAAAAUGCUGGAGAUAUGCUUGUAUCACCAAAUCACUCGAGUGUACUACACGGUGAAUAGUCUAGGAUUAACAUUUAAAGUUAUUAAUUGUAAAAUGUAUAUGAACAAAAGUGUUUUUCUAUUUAAGUACUUUCAAGUGAAUGGUUCUGCUUUCUGAUGAUGAUGAUUAACAUAAGUAAGAAAAUAAAAUCCAGCUCGAAUUCGAGGAUUGUAUUUCCAAUAUAAGACA